GGUCUUUACCAAUUUCCUCUUCCCUUCCCCUCACCAGUUCUCAAAGUGCCUUCUCGCUGGCAUACUGUACUUUGCGAUUACACUCGCAUUAUUACGAGAUUUCUCGCCGCGUCAAUCUUUAUCAAUUACCCUCUGCUAGGCCGCUAACCACCUUCCUUACCACCUGAACGAUUUACCCCGCGCAUCAUUGAUUGUCAACCGAAAUGGAUCUUGUCAACCACCUCGAGGGAAGACUACUUUUCGCCGUCCCUAAGAAGGGUCGUCUUCAACAAGCUACCUUGGAUCUCCUGGCCGGUGCUGACAUCCAGUUCCGUCGCGAAACCCGCCUGGAUAUCGCCCUGGUAAAGAACUUGCCGAUCGCACUUAUCUUCCUCCCCGCCGCCGAUAUCCCAACUUUCGUGGGCGAAGGGCGUGUGGAUCUGGGUAUCACUGGUCGGGACCAGGUCGCCGAGCACGAUGCGCAGCUGCCUCGUGGUGAGGCUUCCGGCGUUGAAGAGGUUAUGGACCUUGGCUUCGGCGGCUGCAAGUUGCAGGUUCAGGUUCCUGAGAAGGGCGAAAUCACGGACGCCCGCCAGCUGGUCGGCCGCAACGUCGUCACUAGCUUCACUGCCCUCACCGAGGCCUUUUUCGCUAAGCUCGAGGGUGAGAUUGAAGGCAACCUGAAGACCAAGAUCAAGUAUGUCGGCGGCAGUGUUGAGGCUGCCUGCGCUCUGGGUGUGGCUGAUGGUAUCGUCGAUCUGGUUGAAUCCGGUGAGACCAUGAAGGCUGCCGGUCUCAAGGCCAUUGAUACCGUUGUUGAGAGCACAUCCGUUCUGGUCAAGUCCCGGAACACUCAGAAUCCUCUGGUCGAAUUGAUCGCUUCCCGUAUCCGUGGUGUUAUCACCGCUCAGAGAUACGUUCUGUGUCAGUACAACAUCCCUCGCGCGGAAUUGUCAACCGCCUCCAGCAUCACGCCUGGCAAGCGCGCCCCGACGGUGACUGCUCUGGAUCAGGAUGGCUGGGUGGCUGUCAGCGCCAUGGUCGAAAAGAAGAAGAUCGCUACCGUCAUGGACGAGCUGAUCAAGGUUGGCGCCACGGACAUCCUUGUCUUGAACAUCGCCAACUCGAGAGCGGCCUAAAUCAUAUGUCUAUAAACGAGGGCCGCUUCUGUUUCGAUUUUUAGUUUAAACGUUCAUGAUGAUCUUCUUGGUAUUGGGCGUGAUAUAUUUUUCUUUGUUUCAUUUCCUCUUGUAUGAUUACCCAGCAUUUUGUUCCAAAAAUAGAAGGAUUGGGUGCACUUGUCAAACGGUUGCUUCGAAUGUACAGGUUGGUUACUCGUCAGAUACUAUAUAUAUA